AUGAGAAAUUAUUGCGAUUCGGAUUGGGCAUGUCGUGUUGAUGCAGGUCCUCUAUAUUACAUUUUCUGCACACCUCAUGUCGAUACAGCAUACCUCGACUCAACAAACAAACCACUUACUUCCUCGCCACCGCAAUCCAAGCCACCAUACGAUACCCUACCAUUCCCUCUUUACACAACACAAACUCUGGAACCCCGCGCAUUGAAGCGUGCGGAGCAUGGUUUCGGGGCGCGACCAGAGAGUGAGUUGGGGGUGGAGAAGGGGAGGUGUAUGCGGUUUGAUGAUGGAUUGCACGGCGUGGAGGAGCGGGAAGAAGGGUGGUUCUUUCCAGCAGGUGAUGGCGGCUUUACCGCCUGGUUUGAGGGUGCGGUAGAUUUCUUUUGCGCCGGAAAUGGGGUCCGAGAAGAAGAAGAUGCCGAAAUUGGUAAUAGAGACGUCGAAUUUGUUGUUGGGAUAGCAAAGUUUGGUUCCGUCCAUGACACGAUUUCUACUCGGUCGGCCCAGUUGUUUAAUAUCACGCUGUUGUUGACGAGUGCUAUCAUGCCUGGUGCUAUGUCCGCGGCGUGCACAUGGCAGGUCUCCCAGGAGGGAGAUUAUAUGGGCGAUGAUGCGGCGCGUGCUGCCUCCAACUCGGCGCUCGUAUGUGGAAGCUUCGGAGUUGAAGGAUUCGCAGAGUGCGGAAAUAUCGGUCAUGGUUAG